AUGCAGAUUCUUCCCGGGUCAGCACAGGUCUCGGGUCCCGAUGCCGACGACCUUCUAAUUGGCAGCGAAAAGGAGCCUUUUCUUCGGCGGCUCAGAUGCCGGCAGCUUCUGGGCGACGAGCUGCUGUCAGACGCUUUAACAAGGCUGGGGUGUUACCAGGUUGAGACGUCCAAAGCGGAACCCCCGGCCCCCGCGGCCGCCGCCGGGGCCCCGAUGGAUGACGUCAUCGACACCCUGACCUCCCUGCGCCUCACCAACUCGGCGCUGCGGCGCGAGGCCUCCACGCUGCGCGCCGAGAAGGCCAACCUCACGCACAUGCUGGAGAGCGUGAUGGCCGAGCUGACCCUGCUGCGCACCCGGGCGCGCAUCCCCGGCGCGCUGCAGAUCACGCCGCCCAUCUCCGCCAUCACCUCGGGCGGCACCCGACCGAUGACCACGCCUCCGACCUCUCUGCCGGAGCCCUUCUCGGGGGACCCGGGCCAGCUGGCGGGGUUCCUGAUGCAGAUGGACAGGUUCAUGAUCUUCCAGGCCUCCCGCUUCCCCGGCGAGGCCGAGCGGGUGGCGUUCCUCGUGUCCCGGCUGACCGGGGAGGCGGAGAAGUGGGCCAUCCCGCACAUGCAGCCCGACAGCCCCCUGCGGAACAACUACCAGGGCUUCCUGGCCGAGCUGCGCAGAACCUACAAGUCUCCGCUGCGGCACGCGCGGCGCGCCCAGAUCCGCAAGGCCUCGGCCUCCAACCGCGCCGUGCGCCCCGUGCACCCGGCCUCCGGCGGGACCAGUGCCGCCCAGGCCCUGCCUGCGCGAGCGCGGAACCUGUAGGAGCCGCCGCCGCCCUGGUUGCAGCUGCAGCUACCGGGCAGCAACCCCCUUUGCUGCGUAGAAGAAACGUCCCUACAACAACAUCGUUCUUGGUUGAAGACGCCCCUCCCUGCCUCUCCAGACGUGUUUCAGGGGAGCGUCCUCCGUGCUCCUGGGCGCCCUGUCGCCCACCUCGCUUCCCAGUAGCGUGUGCUAGCCUGGUACCUACCCUCCGUGCAUGCUUCCCCUCACGCUUGCAACUCCAGCUCUUCCCGUGACCACAGUCCCUGCCCCUUGCUCACAUGGACUCCAUGCUCCCGGACCAUUUGAUGCUGCCCCCCGCCCAGGCCGAGGCUCCCAGAUGCUCCUGUUCCGCCCUCUGCACACCCCCAGGACAGCUCCCCACGUGGUUGCCCUGCUCUCCCUGAAGAGCUCGCUGGUUACGGAAGUUACUUUGGCCAGGCUGGUGGCUUGAAGGGACCUGGAGAGGGGAGUCUGCUUCCCACCUGUAAGUGACCACCAGUCCUGCCCGGGCCCGUUGUAGCAGGCAGGGGCCUUGUCCUUACCCUUGGUGGCCAAGUGGUCACUGCUGGGAGUGCCGCUCCAGCAUUUCUGGGGGCGAGCUUCACUUUGCACUAGAAUACGAAGUCACUGUGCCCCAUGGUUGCCACUGGGAAAGACCAGAAGUACAGGCAAAGGGAGAGACCUGGAGGGUGCCCCGCCAUCCAUGCCUGGUGUUAGCAGCCAGUGUUCCGAUGGCACUGGAAAUGUGGGGAACCUGGAACUUGCCUGCUGAAGAAGGUGGUUGACUGGGACCGUGGGGCGGCUCCAUCAAGCUGCCUCGGGAAGCACACUGUGCAUGUCGGGCCUGCGACCCUCUGCAGGCUGAGGGCUGGACGCUGGGGGCUCACUCUGCUGCCUGGACCUCCAGUGGGAUCACCACCAGCCGCUAGUACACAGUUACCCGUCCUCUGCCUCACGUCACCUGGUGGUGGGUCUUGUCUAGCUUGACACUUGUUCCCUUCUCCAUUCGGGUGACAAGUGGCCUUCACCUCAGCCCCUCAGCCCUCCCUCCCCGCCAAGCAUCCCUAGGCCUUCAGAGUCUGUGCAGCGUGCCCUCCCCAGGCCAGGGGUCAGCCGCCCAGCCUUUGUCCAAGAAAACUUGUACCCAUCGCUGGAGACCUCAUUCCUCUGGGCUGCAUCCCUCAGCACUGAAGGCGAGAGAGGAGGGGGGAGGCGGUAUUGGCUCUGGUAACCCAGCCAGGGUCAUGCUGGCAUUUGUAAAGCAAAAGAGCUGUGGGCGAUCUCCGUCCUGAUGUGACAGUGCAGGCUGGCCUCCUGUUGCGAUUCUGAGGGACAAAGUUAUACCUCUUAGAGCUGGACGGCCUUACACUUCCUUGUGCGGGACGCCCAGCAAUCUCUAAGUGAGGCUUGGCCGAGUCCUUCGGGUGAUGUUCCCGCCAUAAUCGAUGCCAAAUGGACUGCAUUUCCACGGCCACCUGGGCCACGGGGGGAGAUGGGGUAUUUUACCUGGGCUCAUCUGCCCCUGCGCUGUCCCCACUGCAGGACAGCCUCGGAUCCACCCAGAGACAUGUCUUAGGACACCCAGAGCCUGGGGUCCUGGGGCCCAUCCGUACUCCCUAAGAGUUUCGGUGAUGCUGGGAAAGUGACCGCAUGUGCUCCUGGAGCAGCCGCUGCCUUGUGAGGUCAAGGCUGUUCCAUGGUUGCUCACGUUGGUGGACCACUGCCCCCCACUCACUGUAAGCUCUGUUAGCCCAACUGCCCUGCCCGACAACUGCCUGGUACAGGCUACAGGCCCCCUGGGUUCCAGCCCAGGCUGCUCAGGCGGGCCCAUGGUGCUCAUUAAGCAUGAUUGGGGGAGGACCCAAUGGAGCCACAGUCCUGGGGGUGGCACCUCGGAUGGGGUACUGAUCACUUUCAGUGCCCAGCUUUCUUCUGCCAGUCUGCUGGGUAGAGGUGGCCACAGAUGAAGGGGUACAGUGGCACCUGGGGAGAAGGAAGCCCGCAGUGGGUAAAAGACACCUUGAAGGUAUCCAUGCAGCCCGGCCCAGCCCAGCCAGGGUAGGAGACCCAGCAUGGGAGCCAGGCAGGAACUCUGUCGUCUCAGCGGCCCUGGGGCUACCCAUGUGGAUUUUAGAAAUCCUGUUGCAUUGGGUACUGUGUUUGCCAUACUGUUCACCUGCCAGAGCCCGAGCCCGUGGGCAGGGCUGGCCACGGUACCCAUCCAUGCUGGUGACCUGGCCCUUUGGGUUGUCGUGCCCAGCCAGGGCUGCUGCUCUGGCUUCAUUUGGCGUGGUGGUUGGUUGUGUCUCGUCUUACUGCGUGUGCUUGUGGGCCUGGGACUGGGACUGUCGCUGCAUACCUGUGACCCUGCCUGCUUCCUGCAGCUGUGGAAACGAGCAGGUGAGGGAGCUCGGGGUCACCCCGCUCUAGACUCAGAAGGAAGCACAUGGAGCCCCCUGGCUCAGGUGGAAGACACCCUGUCCCCAGCAAGAGAGGAUGGGACCCACGUUCCACACAACCCAGGUCUAGGCCACAGCGGCUGGUGGGGUCAUGCCGAAGGGAAGUGGGGGAGGAAGGCUGCCUUGUACAUACUUGGGGUUAUAAUUUCUUUAAGAGGACAGGUAUUGAUCUAGGAAAGAGUCAGGUGGUUAGUGGUGUGAACCAGUGCAUGUGAGGGACAGGUUCUGUUUUCCAUGCUGUUGGUGUUAAGCCGUGUUGCGCCUGCUUUCAGUCUCUGUGGGUCCCCUGGUAAGUAAGCUUCAGUUCCUCACAGCAUCGCCGGAGACAGGAUUCAGCAUAAGGGGUGACUUCCUGGCUUAGUAUAUAGUGUGACCUGGGGAGUAAAUGCCCUACAGCGUUUCAGCGGCUUCUAGGAAAAUCAAAGGCCUGUUUCAUUGCUCCCCAGUGAGCGCACAGUGAGUCAUGCCGAGCAGUGCAACACCCCGUGAAGGUGCAGGCAAGACUUCCCGGGGCACACGCUCUGGUCAGGGGAACAGAACCACCCACUGGUGGCCUUGACCCUGACGGGCCCACAGGAGAGCGGACAGUGUGGGGGGAGUGGGGCAUGAACUUGGGGGACCAGGCCCUGGGAUGUGUGAGGGUCACAUGCUGGGACUACCAACUGUGAGCAGAGCUGUCAGUGGGAAGAGCUCACAGUGUCCCUUCCACCCCGUAGCCAGAGGUCGCCCUGCUUGGGAGGCAUUAGCUUAGCUCAGAGAUGGUGACAUGAGGUGGGAGGAAGAGGGGCAGCUUGGGGCUGUAAGCUGGAGCUCAGUAGGGAGGAGGCAGGUGCAGGGCAGGUCCACCGUCCACUGUGAACAGAGCUGCCUCCCGUGUCAUCUCAGGGGCCUCUCAUCGGGUGGUGGCGGCUGGUGGGGCGGAGCCCAGCUCCUCGCUUCCACAUCGCCGACUCCUUUCUAUGAAAAGAUGCCUACUGGGUCUUUUCAGCAAACAGACACAUCGCAGACACCUUGGAAAAUAACGUAGAGGAAAGAAACGUAAAAUUUCACAUUUUGGUCUCUCCUUCCAGGCUCCCCCCUCCCCGUGUCACUACUAAUUUUACUUUGAAAUGGUGGGGCCGCCUCCAUCGAGUGGAGGGACAGCAGGGCAGUGGGUGGUCACUGCGCCGUCCCCGGGUUCUCACUGUUGGAAACUGACGAGUGUCCCCGUGGGUAAGCCGCGCCUGGUCCUCAGCAAAGGGUCCCGGAGGUGGGCCUGUCGAACUGACGCUGAAAGCCGGUGAGGCUCUGCCUAUGUUGACAGACGUUUCCAGAAGCGCCCCGUUUAUACUGCCACCAGCAAGGAUGGACGUGCCCAUCCUGCCGUCUUCCCAGUGCCCAGGGUCAGCGUCUGGCUCCGUCUGCUCAUUUGAUCAUGGAAAAGCAGCAUUGUGUUUUAGUUGGCAUUUCUCUCAUUUUCAGCAAAGUUUAACAUCUGUUAACGUUGAGCAGUUGUAUUUCCUCCUCUGUGAGCUGUCCGUGUCCUUUGGUCGUAUCCACCGGGGUCUGACAUUCGUAUGACUCAUCGUAUAUUAAAGGUGUUAACCUGUGUGCGUCACGUGGCUGCAGGUGUCCA